AUGGAUGUCGCGGGGGUCGCGGAUACGUGGAUCCCAUACUCCGUAUGCCCCGCCACUUUGCCCUUCACAGACUCAACUUCUUCAAUCACCUAUGAUAUUAUGCCACACAUCAUUCUUCUUGGAACACUAGACACCAAGCAUGCCGAAAUACUAUACCUCCAUCACCAGUUGAAGCAUAUAGCUUCUCGAUUAUCGCAACCACUUCAAGUCACCCUGAUUGACUGCGGCUGCCAAAACAUCAUCGACGAAGCAAUCAACGUCACUCAUUCAGAUUUGAUCAAAAAAUAUGCACCCUCCAGCAGAGAGAUCCGGGGGCUUCCCCGAGGAGAAGCGAUCGAAUUGAUGAUCGGCUAUGUCACUCGUUGUGUGCAGGAUUUGUUGAAAACCAGUACCGUCCACGGGAUAGUAGGUGCGGGGGGAAGUUGUGGCACGAGUGUGAUCUCCGCAGUGAUGAGGACUGCACCGAUCGGUCUUCCCAAGCUCAUUGCCAGCACAAUUGCUUCCGGGAAUACAAGUCCGGUUGUUGGAGAGUGCGAUAUCACCUUGAUGUACUCUGUGGUCGACAUCGCCGGUACCAAUGGCCUUUUGCGUGAUGUUCUCGACAAUUCCGCUGGCGCCAUUUUUGGGAUGGCUUUGGCAUACCAGUGCCGGAUACCAGAUGCCAAAGUAUUGGCAGAUCGUCAAGAAACGCCGACCCCGAAGACACGGGUUGGUAUCACGAUGUUCGGUGUUACAACUGCAUGCGUGGACCGUAUAAGAGCCCACUUAGAAGAGAACUAUUCUGUGGAAGUUUAUGUGUUCCACGCCACCGGUCAUGGCGGCAAAGCCAUGGAGCGUCUGGUUGACGAAGGUCGCCUGGAUGCUAUUCUGGAUGUGACAACCACCGAGAUAUGUGACUUGGUCGCAGGUGGAACUAUGAGUUGUGAUCCUGAUCGUCUUGAGACUAUGCUCAAGAAAGGAAUCCCGACUAUUAUCUCUGUUGGAGCCACCGAUAUGGUGAACUUUGGGCCGAAGGAAACAGUCCCACCCCAAUACCAAGACCGCAAGCUGGUGGUCCACAAUCCUACGGUCACUCUGAUGCGGACAUCGCCUGAAGAAUGUCGACAGGUUGGAGAGUUUAUCGUUGAUAAAGUCAAGCGGUUCGCUCGAGAUCAGACAAAAGUUGAAGUUUGGCUUCCUAGUGGUGGCGUUAGUGUUCUGGCAACACCAGGUUCCCCGUUUGCAGAUACCGAUGCCGAUUCGACCCUUGCCAAUGCUGUGCAAUCUGGCUUAGAGGGUACAGGGACCCUUGUGGUAUGUGAUGACCGCGAUAUCAACAACAGCGAGUUUGCUAUUGAUAUCGUAAAUCGUCUUAUGGUCUUGGUGAAUGGGAAGAAGAACUUCUAA